AUGACCCCCUUGCACAUCGCUGUUAUGAAGCAGGAUACGAAAACUGUUGAAACCAUCUGCAAAGUUCUUCAGAACAUGAAAGAAUCAAAAGAAUUGAUUCACAUAGAUCAGCGUGAUGAGUGUGACAAUACUGCACUGUCUUAUGCAAUAUUAAAGGCUUCCUUGCCCAUUGUACAAGCCCUCGUCCGUGUCGGGGCUGAUAUCAAUCGCAGAGAUCGCUUCUCCACGCCUCUCAUGGACGCGUGCUAUCAAGGCGAUGAGGAAAUCAUUUUAUAUUUGAUGGACUGCGGCGCCGAUAUUGCCAUCCGUAACUCCUUUGGUCAAUCUGCGCUAGAGUACAUCAUGAUCGGGAAGAGCCGGAAAAAACAUGAUUUACUGCGGCAACUAGGACGUUUGGCAAGCCAACCACAGCUUAAUCAAGCACUUCUACAUGCUUUCAACACCUCAAAGGAAUUCUGCCCGAUUCUGGUGCAGUGUGGUGCGGAUCCUCGAGACGUGGGUCUGGAAACGGAACAUUACCUUUCCCAUUUACAUACGUCUGAGCUCCUGGACAGUCAAACGGAGCCUUCCGAACCAGUCCCAGGUAAUCCUACACAGCGCGUCGGAGACAUCGAUCCGGAUAACCAACAUAUUGAGAUCGCACACCGAUUUUCAACAGAGUCUAGUCCUCAGAGAACAUGGGAACGGCGAGAGAGCGACGACAGGCUUCUCACUCGUCUGGCCUGUGUAUGUUCAAGGGAUGAAUAUCGACGAACCGAUGCAUGGUUUCUUGUCGGAAGAGCUAUCGUGCUCAUUGUACGCCUCGGUCCAAUCGAUAUGUGUACGUACGUUGUACAUCCUACGUGGUGCAUUCAUGUUACGGCGCUGCAAGAUGUUUCAGACCCUCAAAGUCGAAUCCCCAACAUAAAGGUUCUCGAUUCACGCGGAUUUAAGCGCCGCAAGUAUGGAUGGAAGAACAUCAAAAACAUUGUCGGUGUUGUUUCUAUGGGAGAUUUAACCGAGAAUUUCCACCAACGAGCACCAAGGACUUAUCUCAAAAUCGAGUGGACGGAGAUAGAGCCCACAGAUCACGCGCUGUGUCCAGGUGGUUGCAGCUGGGUCACAAGGACCGAAAUUAUAAAAAUGAUGGGCCGCAGUUUGGCCAGUCGAAAAAUUGCAGAGGCUUGGAACAAUCAAGCAGUUAGGUAUGCUCAAUGGGAAAGAAGAAGCUAG